AUGUCCGCUUCCAAAGAGGAGCAAACAAUCGAGUUCUGUUGUGUCGAAUUGGACACAGCUGAGUCGGUUGUCUCGCGUCUGGAAGAGACAUCGACUAGGUUAAGGGACAUCUUUCCCGCUCCGACUUCCCCUGCCGCUGCGCACGCCCGAACCAUUGCUGUCAGCAAACGCCAUCUCUGGGGCCUACAGGUGAUCACUGCGGCCGCUAUCCAGACUUUGACCAUUGCGAUUGAGAAUCUCAGAGAGAUCACCAGGAACAUGAAGGCCGAGGGCUACACCCCUGCCUAG